GCCAUCCGGAAAGGGAAGUCCCCCAGACCUCCCCGCAGCCCCCCAGGCCAAAGCUAUGCACCGCGCCCCGGUCGGGAGGCCUUUAAUUAAAUUCGACCACUGUGAGGCGUCCAUCUACAGCUUCGCGGUGCCCGCGCGCUGCCCCCUCUGCCAGCAGGGCGUGGGCCCGGCCACGCUGGAGGAGGCCCCGGUCAGCAUCUCCAGCCCACUGGCCGACGGGCAUCGCGAGAAGUGUGCCUUCCUCCUCAGACCCACCCAGGGCAGCUUCCUGAGGGAGUACGACGGGAGGUCCGAUCUGCAUGUUGGAAUAACCAGCACAGAAGGGGUGGUGUACCAUUACACGGCGCUGGGCGUGCGGCGCGACCCGGCGGGCUGGGAGCAGAGCCUGAGCGUCCCGCUGCUGCAGCCCGGCCUGUUCGCGCUGAUGGACCAGUGGGACAAGUACCUGGAGGACUUCUCGGCCACGGGGGCCUGGCUGCCCCACAGGUACGAGGAAGACGGCCACAACUGCUACAGCUACGCGCUCGCCUUCGUCAACUGCGUGCUGAGCACCGAGGGCCGGGCGCCGCUGGGCCGGCGCGAGUUCACGGAGAAGUACGUGCUCCCCCGGACCAGGCGGGCCUCCAAGUACAUCGCGCUGCACCGGGCCGUGGAGGAGCGCGGCUUCCACGCCGUGGGCCGGCCGCGGCCUGAGCCGCGCGGGUCCUGAGGAAGCG